UAUUGAAAUCCCAGAGGCAGAAAAAUAUCUUUGGGCUCUUCUACAUAUGCUCCGAUCAUAUCAAAAUGACAAACACUAGGUGGCUCAGGUUGAUCAUAUCUUCCAUGCCAAGAGCAGGUAGAUCAAGGAAAGAGAGCGAUGGAGAUAGCUUGUGUGGGAAGCCAAACGUGAAUGAAGAAUACCAGGAAGCUUUCAGAACAAAAUCUUACAUGGAAAUAUGCAACAAAGCGCAGGGGCAGCUGAUAAACGCGAGAAUCGCCACCACACCUUCUUCUUCGCCAUCUUCAUCUCUUCCUUAUUCCUUGCAUCUCACUGAACAUUUGCUCGAACCCCAACAAGAAACCGUCACGAAUAUGACCCAAAGCUUGAAGAUGCACCGUUUUCUGUUGGAGUACUUCGAAGCUAGCUUGGAGGCAUGCCAUUACUGCGACACAAUCCUUGAAGCGAUCCAUCGUAUGCGAGUUUCGUAUAAGAAAGUCACGAGGGUCCUGAAGCUGAGCAAGUUUGUGCUUGAUUGUCCAGAAACAGACCAAACCCACAAGGCUAUCUAUAGAGAUCUUGCUUCCUUCGCACGGCAAAAGAACCCUUUCUCCAUUAUCAGCUCCUCUCAGUUCCGCGACAUUCACAGCGCGUAUACAGGGCUUCUGCAUAGACUAAAAUCAGAAGAUCAGAAAAUUCGAAGAAGAGGGAGAUUCAAGAGAAUAUGUAAGAAGGUUGGAGGAAUUGGUCUUAUCAUCCUGGACGGUGCUAUUCUGAUUGGUUUACUAAUUUUUGCCUUGCAUUGCAUAGUAGGAAUAGUGGCGGCACCCUGUAUAGUGAUUGGCCUGGCAAGCUUAUUCAGAAGAAGAAUCAAGCGGGUUUUUAGUAGAAGUGGUUUUGAAAGACAAUGCGAGCAGCUUGAUGUUGCUGCUAAAGGGGUUUACAUGCUGAUUAAUGACUUCGAUACGAUGAGCAUUAUGGUGAAGAGGUUACAAGAAGAAGUGGAUCACCGGCAAGCAGUGGCUAACAUGUGCGUUAAGAAUGGCAAGUGUGAAAUACUGAAGCAGGUUUUGAGGGAGUUUCAUGACCAUGACUCUAACUUUUCGGAUCAGUUAGAAGAGCUUGAAGGACAUAUCUAUUUGUGCUUUCUCACAAUAAACAGAUCUCGAAAACUUGUUCUUCAAGAGAUCAUGGAGAAACAAUAGUUGAAUGGUUCCAUACCUUUCUCUCUAUCUCCAUCUCCAUCUGCCUUGAAUUUCAAGGCCGAAGGAGUUAGCAGGAACCUGCACGAGUCAAGCCCCAUUUGAGGCGAGAGAUCAACCAGAGGAUACGGAUUCAUGACAUCAAAUUUGUUGUCUGUCCCCUCAAGUGCCUGAUCCCUUUGGUCGCACAGAUGGAGGAAGGAAAUAGGAUCUUUAUUGCAUUUAAUGGUUCAUUUUGUCAUUGGAGUGCUGUGUGUUGAUAGACCAAAUCGAUUUUUUCAUUUUUUUCCCCCUUCUUAUUUUGUCUUCUUAUAUCAUGUCUCUGAAAUUACAGUCAAAAUUAAAAGUUGGAAGUACACAA